AUCCAUACGCUUGAGCAGCUUUCACACGUAUGGAAGCCGGUCAUGCUGUCACUGGAAUAUGCACAAUCUAUGGGUUCACUAGUCGAGUCCAUCCUAGAACGGAUAUUGAAGGAAAUUGAAGCUCAGCCGGAUAUCUCGGAGAUUGAAUCACAAAGAUUGAAUACUUUAUGCAAGUCUUUACAUGGGCUAUCUAAACUUUUCGGUGAUGAUCCACAAGAGACUUCUUUUGCAAAAUACGUACCGAGCUGGUUUAAGUUUUGCUUCCUUUCUGAAUUACUGGAGGCAUCAAUGGCGGAUAUAAUGUGGAUGCAUCAAGAAGGUCUCUUGUUAGAAUACUCAUCCAAUGAGAUCAUCGGGCUUAUACGUGCUCUGUUCUCUGAUAGUAACUUACGGGCUAAAAACAUUGAUAUCAUUGCUGCUGCUAAGAUGGAAAAAUGAUUCACUUAAAUGUUUCACUUUUCUUGGUGAUCAGAAUAUGACCUUUUUUUUGAUAAAAACCAAGUUGAAGUUGAUUGAUAAAAUUUUAGGAGCUCUGAAGAUUGAAUUCAUUGUAAAAAUUUAUUAGAGUGAAUGAAAAUUGAUGCAUACAUACACUUACCAUAUAUAAUGUAAAACAAAAGAAAAGAAAACUUUAC